AUGGCACUUUUUACAGCGGUGAAGGGAGGCGAUCUUGUAAAGACAAGGUCUAUUCUAGAAGACGAGACAGAUGCCAGGCUGGAGAUGCUACAGAGUGAGGAUCCUGAUGGAAAUACACCCCUCCACAUCGCUUCAGAAGAAGGGCAUAUUGACCUCGUAAAAUAUAUGAUUGAUUCGGGGGCGGUUCUAGAAAAGCGAAGUAGAAGCGGUGACACCCCUCUUCACUAUGCGUCUCAGAGUGGUCACCAGGAUGUUGCUCAAUAUCUCAUCGGUAAAGGAGCAGAUAUCAGUAUUGGUGAUAGCAUUGGCUAUACACCUCUCUAUCUUGCUUCGGAGAAGGGCCAUUUUGGCGUUGUUGAAUGUUUAGUAAAUUCUGGAGCCGAUAUAAACAAAGAUUCAUAUGAUCAUUCUACACCCCUUUAUACUUCAGCAAGUAAGGGGCAUUUUGACGUAGUGAAAUAUCUCAUAACUAAAGGAGCCGAUCUUGAAAAGAUUGGUCCUAAGGGUCAAACUCCACUUUUAGUUGCGUCAUUGGGUGGUCAUGUUGAGGUUGUUAAGCAUCUUAUUAGCCAGGGAGCAGAGCUUGAUACUGAGAAUGAAGAUGGCUACAUACCUCUCUAUAGCGCUACACAGGAGGGACAUCUCGACAUUGUUGAAUGUCUGGUAGAUGCAGGAGCAGAUGUGAACCAAUUAAUAUAUGAUGAUGACACACCACUUCAUGCUGGAUCAGAAAAUGGUUUUCUGGACGUUGUGAAAUAUCUCAUCACUAAAGGAGCAGAAAUUGACAGAGAUGGUAAUGAUGGCUAUACACCUCUGCAUCUUGCCUCACUGGAAGGUCAUCUUAAUGUUGUUGAAUGUCUGGUAGAUGCAGGAGCAGAUGUCAAAAAUGCAAACCACGAGAAUAUGUCACCACUUCAUGCUGCAUCACGGAAUGGUCAUCUAGACGUUGUGAAAUAUCUCAUCACCAAAGGAGCAGAAAAUAAACAGAAGGGAUACAAUGGUGAAACUUCUCUUAGUACUGCGGCUUCCCGUGGUCACCUCGAUGUUGUAAAAUACCUCUUAACUAAUGGUGCGGAUAUCAACACGGAAGACAAUGAAAAAUACACACCACUUCAUGCCGCUUCAAGAGAUGAUCAGCUUCAUGUUGUUGAAUAUCUAGUGAAUGCAGGAGCUGAUAUCAAUAAAGCAUCUCAUAAUGGCAACACUCCGCUGUCAACCGCGAUAACAAAUGGAAAUCGAUGCAUUGCGGAGUUUCUCAUGACUAAGGAAGAAGAUAUUGGCAACAGAGAUGACGUCGGUCCAGUUACACUUUGCAAAGCAUCCUCCCAGGGAUACCUCGAUGCUGCCAGGUACAUCAUAACUAAAGGGGUAAACCUCGAUUUGGGAGAUAGAGAUGGUUUCACACCACUAUAUCACGCGUCAGAAAAUGGACAUCUGGAUGUUGUUGAAUGUCUAGUGAAUGCAGGAGCUGAUGUAAACACAGCAGCAAAGAGUGGAUCUACACCUCUGUAUGCAGCAUCUAAUAAAGGUCAUCUAGACAUAGUGAAGUAUCUCAUUGAUAAAGGAGCAGAUAUUGAUAGUAGAGGUUAUAACGGUCAGACACCUCUUUUGGUGGCAUCACUCAAUGGCCAUAUAUCAGUUGUAAAGUAUCUUAUUAGUCAAAGAGCAGAUAAAGAGAUGGGUGAUAACGAUGGCCAUACACCUCUGUAUGUUGCUUCAGAAAAGGGUCAUCUCGACAUCGUGAAGUAUCUCAUUAACAAAGGAGCAGAUAUUGAUAGUAGAGGUAAUAACGGUCAGACCGCUCUUUUGGUGGCAUCACUCCAUGGCCAUUUUACAGUUGUCAAAUAUCUUAUUAGUCAAAGAGCAGAUAAAGAGAUGGGUGAUAAGGAUGGACGUACACCUCUGUAUGCAGCCUCUCAUAAAGGUCAUCUAGACAUAGUGAAAUAUUUCAUUGAUAAUGGAGCAAGUAUUGAUAGUAGAGGUAAUAACGGUCAGACGGCUCUUUGGGUGGCAUCACUCAUUGGCCAUUUUACAGUUGUCAAGUAUCUUAUCAGUCAAAGAGCAGAGAAAGACACGGGUAAUAACGAUGGCCGUACACCUCUGUAUGCAGCCUCUCAUAAAGGUCAUCUAGACAUAGUGAAAUAUUUCAUUGAUAAUGGAGCAAGUAUUGAUAGUAGAGGUAAUAGCGGUCAGACGCCUCUUUGGGCGGCAUCACUCAAUGGCCAUAUUACAGUUGUAAAGUAUCUUAUCAGUCAAAGAGCAGAUAAAGAGAUGGGUGAUAACGAUGGCCAUACACCUCUGUAUGUUGCUUCAGAAAAGGGUCAUCUCGACAUCGUGAAGUAUCUCAUUAACAAAGGAGCAGAUAUUGAUAGUAGAGGUAAUAGCGGUCGGACGCCUCUUUGGGCGGCAUCACUCUAUGGCCACAUUACAGUUGUAAAGUAUCUUAUCAGUCAAACAGCAGAUAAAGAGAUGGGUGAUAACGAUGGUUGUACACCUCUGUAUGCAGCAUCACAUGAAGGUCAUCUAGACGUCGUGAAGUAUCUCAUUGAUAAAGGAGCAAAUAUUGAUAGUAGAGGUUAUAACGGUCAGACGGCUCUUUGGGCGGCAUCACUCUAUGGCCAUAUUACAGUUGUCAAAUAUCUUAUAAGUCAAGGAUCAGAUAAAGAACUAGGUGAUAACGACGGCAGUACACCUCUGUAUGUUGCUUCACACGAGGGUCGUCACCAUCUUGUACAAUAUCUCAUCGCUGAAGGAGCAGACCUGAACACGGGAGAUAAUGAGCGAUUUACUCCCAUUUAUAUCGCUUCAUAUAACGGACAUCUUGAUGUUGUUGAAUGUCUUGUGAAUGCAGGAGCAGAUAUAAGCUUGCAAAUAGCAAGACGAGCAGCAAGCAAGUCCUCCGCCAAAGGUGCGAGGACUAAGUCAGUCGAGUCCUUGUUGGACUAG